AUGGCGAAUCGACGAGGUCAAUCACCCGCGUCACGCCAACGAUACGGAAUGGAUCCGCACCGGGCGUCAACCGGCUCGCUCCACCGCCCCCCGCCGGAGAGCAUGUACUAUAACGGCCCCCCCAUGGCCCCCGCGCCUCCCGCCCCCGGCCCGCCCCACGGCCACCACAACAGGCCCUAUUCCGGCCCCCACUCACCACAGGACAGCACCGAGGAUCUGCACUACGGGUACCCCCCCCACCCCCAGUCGGUGCCGCAAACCCCCGCCUACGCACCACAGCAGCCUUCUCCAGGGGGCGGUGUGGCAAGCUGGAUGGGCAUGAGUGGCCCCCCGAUGCCUGGCAGGAUGGGCACAGGCGGCCCCGCACCCCCUCCCCAGCACAUGGCCCCUGCCCCGGGGCCUCCGGGUCCGCCGCAGCAAGGGAUGCGCGGCGGAAUGGACCCGCACAUGCACAACCGCAUGAACAGCCUGAACAGACGGAACACGGAGAGGGAGGGCGAGAAGCCGCCACAGCGACCAAACGUGAUCCACCAGCAGCAGCACCACUCCCAGCCGCCGCCACAUACGCCACAGGGAUACGACCACGGGCCGGAGUACGAUUAUCGGCCGCCUCGGCGUGGUCCCCAGACUUCCCGGUCUUCGUCACGCAGCCCGUCACCGCCGCCUGGGAGGGGCCCGUAUAUUGUGCCGAGCCAGAGCGGUGGUGGUCGCCCCCAGUCUACAGCUUACCAUUCUAGCAGCAGCAACUUCUCGGGUGAGAGCUACGAUAUGAACUUUCCGAUGGAGAGGCCGGUGGACAGGCAGCAGAGCUAUGUUGUGCCCAACGCGAGUCAGCCUGGGAAUGUCAGGGACCGGGAGUAUCACCUUGGUGGUGGUGGGCGUCCACCUAGUGAGUUUAGGCGGGAGGGAACCGUGUACCACCCCAAUAACCCGAGGCCUGUCCUUGGGGAGCAGCAGCGUCCGCGCCAGGUUAGGAGGGAGCGAAGUAGGUCGAGGGGGCCGCAUCAUGGUUUGGGAGUCACGGAUUCUCAGGCUAGUGGAGACGGAUCCGAUGAUUUCGAGGAGGUGUACCGCCCAGGUGCAAGGAAGGCGGCAAGCACUACUGAGAAGGGAGCUCUGGUGAGGGCCAGGUCACGGUCUGUGCCGGCGAGUGACUCGCGGGCAAUGAUUCCGCAGCCGCAGCCGCAGCCGCAGCCGCCGUCACGAGGCCGUCCCAGCUCGGAAACGUCAGGAAGCAGCAGCGAUUCAGAGACAGAGCCGACUACUAGUCAAAGCAAUAUCAGGAUUGAGUAUGAUGGAAGAACCAUUGACAUCAAUUAUAGCGGUAGCACUCGUGGGGGCAAGCCUCCGAUUGGGAAUAUUACUAUCAAUACUACUUCCCGCUCUCACACACUGCCAUUGAACUCUCCCAUCAACCAGCGGGCAAUUGCUGCGGCGCCAUCGCGUGGUACCCCACCCCCUACUACUCAAGCUAUCAUGCCGCCACCUGCCACGGAGGCACCAGCACCGGCUCCCGCACCAGCUCCGCCAGCACCUGAAGCAGCACCGGCGCCCCCGGCCCCAGCCCCAGCACCAGCACCUCCCGCACCACCCCCACCAUCAGUCAUGAUCCCACCGCCGCCACAACCAACUCCAUACACCCUCCCACACGGUGUCGAGCCCGUGAUCCUCCCACCGCCGCCUGCCCCGGGCGUUAUUCCCCCAGCCCCGGGAACCAUGGGACCGAUGCAGGGAGCCAUGAUGCCGAUCCGAAGACACACGGGCAGCGACGGCGGCUACGACGACCACGACUACCGCGACCGCGAACUCUACCGCAUGGAAGCCCUCUCCCUCGAUGGCCCCAACUCGCCCUACCGCGACGACCACCGCGGCCGCGACCGCGACAUGGGCCCCCCCAUGGGCGGCCCGCGCCCCCACAGCCGCCGCCGCCGCUCCGUAAGCCGCACACGCAAACCAGACGGCACCGAACACCGCUGGACAAAGAUCAGCCGCGACAUUGUCGCCCGCCGCGCCGUCGAGGUCAUCGGCUACGACUUCAAGGAGCAGUCGGACUCAAUCAUGGUCUUCCAGGUCCUGGACGAGACCCAGAUCGACGAGCUCAUUGAGCUCUCAAACCGCAUCCGGAACGGCGAGGUCCGCGUCAUCCGCCGCGAACGAUCAACUACCCGCGGAGGCGACGACGACAAGGAGCACCGCCACCGACGCAGACACUCGUCGCAGCACAGACACAGCCAUAAGAGCCGCCCGAACUCGAUCCACGGGUUUCCCAGCCCUGGUCCGGGGCCCGGGCCGUCGGCGAAUAGGCCGCCGCCUGGAAAGCCGGCGCUUGUUAGUCCACCGGCGGUGCCACCCGCGCCGGAGCCGCCGCAAGUCGAGGCGCCCGCGCCACCGCCAGUGAGGCAGCCGUCGUCGGCGGGGGGAAGGAGGUUGCAGGAGAACCCGGAGCAGUCGGGGACGUAUAUUGGCUAUACGAGGAAUCCGCCGAGGAGUACGCAGGCGUCGGGACCUUAUGGGAGUAGUAGACAUGGUAGUGUUAAGAGAUGA